UUAGAAAUUAGAAAGAAAAGGGAACUGAAACUGGAGUGUGUCCCGAAGCAGAAAUGAUUGUCAACGCAAAGCAAUGGCAGAUUCAACGUCCACAUAUCGCUCAAUUCCAAAUCCAUAACAAUUCCCAUGUUCCAAAGUUCUUGCCCUGUAUUUGCUCUCUCAACCUUUCAGAGUUUCGCUAUGUGGGUUCUUCACUUCAACCAAAACCCAAUUCUCAAUUUGGGAGUUCAAGAUUUUUGGUCCGCAGAUGCUUAUCAGAGAAGCUCUCGGAUUCUUUUGAUCAGGAUCCGAGUCUAAAUAUCGUAAACAAACAUAAUAAGAUUUUUGAGCAAGAGGAGUUUUCUCUAAUUAAUAUUUUGAAGAAAUCAAAUUCACUACUGCCUCAUGUAGUGCUGGCUAGUACACUCUUGGCUCUAGUUUAUCCACCUUCUUUUACAUGGUUCACCACCAGGUACUAUGCUCCUGCAUUAGGAUUUCUUAUGUUUGCAGUUGGCGUCAAUUCCAGUGAAAAGGAUUUUGUUGAAGCAUUCAAGAGACCAUCAGCUAUUUUUGCUGGUUACCUUGGCCAAUUCAUUGUAAAGCCGAUUCUUGGAUAUAUUUUCGGCAUCAUUUCUGUAUCAGUUUUCAAUCUUCCUACUCCAAUAGGUGCUGGGAUUAUGUUGGUAUCUUGUGUUAGUGGGGCCCAGCUUUCAAAUUAUGCUACUUUUCUGACUGAUCCACCUAUGGCUCCUUUAAGCAUUGUGAUGACCUCACUGUCUACUGCUACUGCGGUUUUUGUCACACCUUUGUUGUCGCUCUUGCUUAUUGGAAAGAGACUACCUGUUGAUGUAACAGGAAUGGUGUCCAGUAUUCUGCAAAUAGUAGUUGCCCCAAUUGCUGCAGGGUUGCUUCUGAACAGAUUCCUUCCCUGGAUUUCUAAUGCUAUUCGACCCUUUCUACCUCCUCUUUCAGUACUCGUAACAGCCUGUUGUGUUGGAGCACCACUUGCUAUUAAUGUCAAGUCUGUCAUAUCCCCUUUUGGAGCCACCAUAUUAUCGCUCAUUAUUUCAUUUCAUCUGUUGGCAUUUGUUGCUGGUUAUGUUCUUACUGGUCUUGUCUUCCCUAAAGCACCUGACCUCAAAGCACUUCAAAGAACAAUGUCCUUUGAGACAGGAAUGCAGAGCAGUCUUCUGGCCCUUGCACUUGCAAAUAGGUUUUUCCGAGAUCCGCUUGUGGCUGUGCCCCCGGCCAUCUCUACUGUAAUGAUGUCUUUGAUGGGCUUUACUCUUGUCAUGGUUUGGGCUAAGAAGAAAGAAGUAUGAUGAAACAUAACCUGUGCAAACUUUUGAGGUGAUACAUUGCAAGUAGACAUUCACUCUCGCAGUUCCUUAAGCUGGUAAAAGAGAGCAGCAAUAGUGAUAAAGCACAGCUCCUGCAACCUGUUGCUCAUAUGCAUUGCUGUAAUUAUGAAGCCAUUAAACAACUCUUAAAGAUGAGAGCGUUUGGAGGCAGGAUACAGGAACAUGCUUUGAUCUCUUCUGUCCAAUAUCUAUAGAAUGUAAGAGGUCCUCCUCAUUCGUCCUUCAGAUGAGAAGGAAUUCGGUCAUAUAAUUUUUUCUCAUUACUGUCCUAGAAAAUAAUAAUGACAAAGUCAAUUACAUGUACUUGCUUCCCAUGAGAAGCCAAGCAGAGGAGGCCUAUUAUGUUUCUGGAAAAUGCUAAUUUAAGCAGAAGCUGGUGACUUGUUUCACAUCAUGGUUAUAGUGUAUGGGAUUGUAUCAGCUCAACUGAGACAAUUAGAAAGUUAUUUCAAGUUACUUCUACAAAGAAUCUAUACUCCGUUUAUA